AUGUCUCUCCCUCUGAAUGCCCCAGGUUGCCUCUCCGCUCAUGGUCGCUACGCUCAGAAGCUGCUGAAUGACUUGUUCUCCAACUACACCAACGCUCUGCGGCCGGUGGAGGACACCGACCACAUCAUCAACGUCACCCUGCAGAUCACUCUCUCCCAGAUCAUCGACAUGGAUGAGCGGAACCAGAUCCUGACUACCUACCUGUGGAUCCGCCAGGUGUGGAUGGACGCCUACCUCACCUGGAAGAAGGAGGACUACGACGGCCUUGACACCAUCCGCAUACCUAGCAGCUACGUCUGGAGGCCUGACAUUGUCCUGUAUAACAGUGCAGACGACGAGUUCUCCAGCUCCAUGGAGACCAACGUGGUUCUCCGUAAUGAUGGCCAGGUCAUGUGGGACCAGCCAGCCAUCACCAAAAGCUCCUGCUCCGUGGAUGUGGCCUUCUUUCCCUUUGAUUUGCAGCAGUGUCACCUAACUUUUGGAUCCUGGACUCACAACGGCAACCAGAUGGACUUGUUCAACGCCUUGGACAGCGCCGACCUGGCAGACUUUGUCCCCAAUGUGGAGUGGGAGGUUCUGGGCAUGCCAGCUAAGAAGAAUGUCAUCCAGUAUGGUUGCUGUUCAGAUCCCUACCCGGACAUCACCUUCAGCCUUCAUCUAAAGAGACGUUCCUCCUUCUACAUCUUCAACCUCCUUAUCCCCUGCAUGAUGAUCUCCUUUCUGGCUCCGCUGGGCUUCUACCUGCCGGCUGACUCUGGUGAAAAGGUUUCUCUUGGAGUCACGGUGCUGCUGGCCCUCACUGUGUUUCAGUUGUUGGUGGCUGAGAGCAUGCCACCCUCCGAGAGCGUACCACUGAUAGGAAAGUACUACAUUGCUACCAUGACAAUGGUCACUGCAUCAACAGCGCUCACCAUCUUCAUCAUGAACAUCCACCACUGCGGCCCCGAGGCUCGUCCCGUCCCUAAAUGGGCCGAGCGCUUCAUCCUUAACUACCUCGCCCGCAUCUGUUUGGUCUACGAGGUCGGUGAGAACUGCCUCGGCAGGACUACAUCCAGGAAACGGCCUCUGUCGCAGGAGGAGUCAGAGGCCCCGUCAGCCAACGGCCGCAACGCCAAAGGAACAAACUGGGAUGUGAACGGGCAGGUGUGGGCAGGGAGGGUGGAGGAGGAGAAUGAGGCCGGGGAGUCUCUGAAGCUGGGGCGGGACUUGACCACCCAGACGGAAUGGAAAGAGGAUCUGUUUGUGAGCAUUGACCACUCGGAGGAGGAAGGAGCUGCUGGAGGACAUGAGGGGGAGCGGGAGGAGUCAAACAGUGCCUGUGGAGGAGGAGGAGAGCAUGUCGAGGAAAAGAAAGGCGUAGGAGGUGAAGGCGGAGCCAGGGAGAACAGGAGGGAGAUCUGGGUGAAAACCCUUUGUGUUUGUCAGCACCAGGGACUGCGCAGGAACGUUGAGUACAUUGCCAACUCAUACCAGGACCAGCGAGCCGGCCAGCUGCGCAUCGGGGAGUGGAGGAAGGUCGCUAAGGUCAUGGAUCGCUUCUUCAUGUGGCUCUUCUUCAUCAUGGUCUUCCUCAUGAGCAUCCUUAUCCUGGGAAAAGCCAUCUGAUGGAGAUCCGGCUUCGAAAGAUCCACCGAUAACAUUAUUUGAUUCUUAAUUUUUUUAAAACAAGUGAGCAAUGUUGGUUUAAAUUGUAAUGAAUUUCAGGUGGUUAUAGUUAAAGGUUAAUCUAGCAUCUGUGUAUUCUGUCUGGUGUUGAUUUCCACCAGAAAAUACAGAUUUGGGUUUGAAAGACGGCCACACAAAAGAAGUUUACACAGACAGAGGCACAGAAAGGUGGAUACAUCCCAGUUUGUGUGGGUAAAGUGAUCAACAAGAGCCCACAGAUAAUUCCAAAUGCUUUGACAGCAUCUCAUCAAACAGCAUGAUCUUCAGCUCUUUACAGAUCUCUAAGGACAGAACACACGGAUCACUAGCGGUGGACCGAUCACAUUACACCACUGCUACCAUACUUCAUCAACUCUACAGGAAACCAGAAAUGGGGUCACCUAAGAUCAGCACAUCCUGGCUACUGAACCCAGACUGCUUCCUCUGUCUGGACCCCGAACACAACACGUAAUAUGUUCCCACAAAGGUUCCGAUUUGCUGUAGUCGUGUCAAAAUGUCUGUAGAGUUGCCAUGGUAAUGCCAUCUCUGCUCAAGCACAGGUAAAGUGCUGCCGGAGGGAACCGGAACAACACAAUAGAAUAUUGUCCGUUGUUUAAGCGCUUCAAAACAACAACAAGAAGAUCAAAACAUCACAAAAGACAUGUGAUGCAAGAGGGCCAGUAACAACAGAUGGAACGGUUUAAAGUUGUCAUAUCAACAUUUAAGUUAUGUUGAUGCUUCGAGUAACAUGCAAGAAAACAUUCCACCUUAAAUAUUGCCGGUGGUGAAUUGAAUGAUUCUCUCAGUCUAUAAACUGUCUUUUCAUCACGAUGGAUGUUUUUGAAAUGUGGCUUUAUUUGCAUAACACAAGUACGAAAAUCAUUCAAAACGCAAACUAGUUGUGUUCAAUCUUCUAUAUUUCUCAUUGCCAUGCUAAUUAUAACCUAGUAUCACCAUCAUCAAACUAGUAUCACCAUCAUCAACCUCGUAUCACCAUCAUCAACCUUGUAUCACCAUCAUCAACCUAGUAUCACCAUCAUCAACCUU